GCAAGAAUUUGCAAAAGAUAAAAUUGCUCGUGUAAUUCGUUAUUCAGGUAAAAAUUACUUGAUAGGCAUCCCAACUUGUAAUGAAUUAGUUGCGAGAAAUGAUGAGGAAUCGACUUCAACUCUUAAUGAUAAAAUAGCAAACUAUCUCGAUAUUCCAUUUAUGCUAGUUGAUAUAGAAGAAGCUAAAGAAUAUAUUAAUCAAAUCCUUUAUUAUAUUCUUUGCCUUUAUGGAUAUCUCGUUAAUAGGCAGAAAGCAGUUGUCACCAUUACUGACAACAAGGGAGGCUCCAUAAAUAUGAGUUUAAUCCAAAAGGAAUGUAUAAAGGCAUGCCCUCUCUGUGGUUAUUAUUCAGAAAAAAAGCCAUAUCUUCACAUCACUACACCUAAUAAAGACCAAAGGUUUACCGCUCUUGAUAUCAUCUCAAUUUAUAAUUCAAAGGUUAAUACCAAAUGUAAAAUAGAGACAGCUUCAGAUAAUACAGGCACAUAUUAUCGUAAA